AUGGAGAGACUCCCGUCAGAUACGAACCCUUCCACGGAUCUCGAAAGUGGGCCUGGGACCAGCUUCGCCAACAACCGGGAAUCGUCGCUUUCCUCUGGCCAUGGUGAUGAUAACGACGACCUCAGAAUUGAGCAAAUUUCAUCCAAAGAUUCCGGAGUUGACCCCGGUCCCCCGUCUGAUUGGGGGGCUUCGGUGUUAUUCCAAUCAUACUAUCCGGAAGCGUUGAAUCGGCCACAUUCGGAUAUUUCCUGGGUGGGAAGCGUUCAAAAUUUCCUGCUUUUCGUUAUCGGGACAUUGUCCGGGCGUGCCACCGACGCUGGCUAUUUUAAAGCUUCCCGCGGACCAUUCUUCGACUGGGCUGCCUUCAAGGAGAUCCAGUUUUCUCUAUUUGCAGUUGCCAUGUUCCUCAAUUUCUGGGACCUUUAUGUUGCCUUCUUCUAUAUUCAGAAGCUAUGGUCGCAAUGUGAUCGGUCUCUCCAAAGAGAAGUCAAUGACCUCCUACUGAUUAUGAACGGUGUCGGCAUCGCUGGUCGACUUUUGCUCAAUUUUUAUAUCCGACUACUUUACGGGCGAUAUAUCGUCGUGGUAUGCAUUUGCCAUUCUAAAUGGAUAUUUCGCAUCGGGGCUUCAAUCGUUGUUCUAGCAACCUUGUCUUCCAUGUCGCCGGAUUUGAAGAAACCGGGCAUCCGCUUUGGAAUCAUUCUAAGCAUUGCUAGCCUUGUGUCAAUGACAGGACCACCAACAUCAGGAGCUUUGAUUCAUCUGAAAAAUGGUGAAUAUUUGUACGCCCAGAUUUUCAGCGGCGCAUCGAUGGCUGUGGUAGCCGUGGUUUUAAUUUGUGCGAGGAUCUCGGUGACAGGCCUGGUAAUGAAGAUAAAGAUCUAA